AUGGCAGGAAGCAGCCUGGAUGACGUCUGCGUCGAGCUGGCGGGCCAGGUGCUGAGGUGGCUGGCACCCGCCGACCUGCACAGCGCGAGGCUGGCCUGCCGCUUGUUCGACACCGCGUCGCGCGCCCACCUGGGCCGCGGCCUGAUCAUGGCCCUGACUGCCGACAACGCCGGCGCCGAGCGCGGCCGCCCCGACUUCUCUCGAUUUCCAAACAUCCGGACUCUGCGGCUGACAGCUCUCUACGAUUUCGAAGUCCGCCGGCUUCUCACCUGCUUCCAGCCCGCCGGCCCGCGGGCCGGCGAGGCGGCGGCAACCCUGUCCAGGGUGGCGGCCCUUGACCUGCGGCUCCUGCAGGGCAGCGCGGCCGCGGUGGUGGCGCUGCUGCGGCUGGUGCCGGAUGCCACUGAGAUUGCGGUGCCGACCCGGUGGCGGGGCGCUGCUGGAGCCCAUCCCUUCUCCCGCGACGACGGCGCUGACGAGGCGGCGGCCUGGGCGGCGCUGCCCCGCGAUUGCCUCGCAUCGCUCCGCGCCAGCUGCGCCCUGCCCGAGAGCCUCUGGGCCGCGCCCUGGCCGCGGCUGCGCGAGCUCCGCGUGGCGCUGCUGCCCUGCCACGCGUGCGAACCCCUCGCCCGCGCCGCGCCGCAGCUGACACUGCUCGUGGCGCACGUCACGGGCGGGGCGGUCUUAGCCGCCCGCGUCGAAGCGGUCAUUGGGUCGGGCGCCGGUUUGGAGGAGCCGGCCGCGUCGCACGCGCGGCGCGGGCUGAGCAUCGAGUGGACGCUGCCGAACAGCUACGUGCCUUUGGAUGCAUUCAGGGAGGACUGGGUGAAGUGA